AAGACAAAAACCCGCCGUGAUUAGUACCUUGCCGCCUAUUAACCCACUUUGGUGCGGCUUCUGUUUGGUUUCGUUGAUGAUGCUCGCAUCGGACCGGAAUCGGCCUUAUUAAUAACAGUUAGAUACUAAUAGAUCUUCGUUAUUAUAUUAUUUGCCGAUCUAUAGGAUACUUGAAGAAGCGCGAUUAAGACAAAGAGAUGUACUAGUAUAGUGGCUCUGACUUUGCCGGUUAAAUAUAAGAAAUACGGAUUUUAAAUAGAUUUUUGCAAUAAAAUGCGUAUAUUCUUCUGUGUGAUAUUAUCUUUAAGUGCCGUAUAUUGUGAACGACAUGAGGGUGAAGAUAGUUCACGUUCAUUAGGAAAUCGUGGAAAACUAAUAUUACCAAGACGCAAAGUUUUAUUUAAAAACAUCGACGAUAAGGGACAUUUUUAUAAAACUUAUGGAAAUCUUAUAAUAUCUACCCAAGAAGUCGCUAAAAAUAACUAUAGCAGUCCACAACCAGGAGAUGUAAUAACCGAAACUUCAAUAUCGAGUCCAAUAUUAACCCUUAACGACCCUACACGUAACAGCACCACGGGCAAGCAGAACAUAAUAGACUGGUUCCUAGGGGUUGUAGGUUUAAGACCCAAUGAAAAUGAAAGUUCCACGCCACCUAAUAAUUCUAAUCAGAAUCUAAAUUGUCCUAAAUGCACAUGUGGUAUAGCUUUAAAACACAAAAGGAUCAUAGGAGGUAUAGAAACGCUAGUAAACCAAUAUCCUUGGAUGGUAGCCCUUCAUUACAAUAACAGGUUUCUAUGCGGCGGUUCACUUAUCAACAACAAGUAUGUUUUGACAGCUGCUCACUGCGUCAACGGGUUUAGUAGAGAAAAAUUCUCAGCGGUUUUCCUAGACCACGACCGUACCAACGCCUAUGAAACUACCACUUUCACAAGAAAAGUAAAGCGGAUAAUCAGACACAGAUCUUACGGACAGGACGUUACUUUUAACAACGACAUUGCUUUGCUAGAGUUGGACAAUGAGGUGUCCCUUAGCGAUAUGACACGGCCUGUCUGUCUGCCUCCUACUGGCAAAAGUUUUACUGGGUAUAAUGCUAUUGCUGUCGGUUGGGGUGCAACGGCUCAACACGGGGCGUUAUCGCCAAAACUAAGAGAAGUUAAAGUACCCGUAAUGUCAAAUAUAGACUGCAGGCAAACUGGAUAUACAAGCAGGAUUACGGAUAAUAUGCUGUGUGCAGGCUUUCGGGAAGGAAAGAAAGAUUCUUGUCAGGGCGACAGUGGAGGGCCGCUACAUAUAAUUAAUGGAAUUUUUCAUGAAGUGAUUGGUAUUGUUUCUUGGGGAGAAGGUUGUGCCCAAGCAAAUUACCCAGGAGUUUAUACACGCGUGAACCGUUACAUCACUUGGAUCAAGUCGAAUACAAAAGAUGCUUGUUAUUGUUAAACUGAAACAUUAAAGUAUUAAAUAGUAUUUAGAAAUA